UGAUGGUCCCCGCAUUCGGCGUCCGAGUGACGCAUCUUCGCUUUUGAGUGAGUGGUUUUUUUUCUUUGCGUUGACACGUCAUCUAAACCGCACAACAUCCAAGAUGGCGGCGUCUGUGCGAGAGAAGCAGACAGUGGCGCUGAGGCGCAUGUUGAACUUCAACGCUCCUCCGGUGAAGAACGCCGCAGCCGAGCCAGUAUGGAAGGUUCUGAUCUACGACCGUUUUGGACAGGACAUCAUCUCGCCGCUGCUGUCGGUCAAAGAGCUCAGAGACGUGGGCAUCACGCUGCACCUGUCGCUUCACUCGGACAGAGAUCCGAUUCCCGACGUGCCGGCCAUCUACUUCGUCAUGCCCUCGGAAGAGAACGUGGACCGGAUCUGUCAGGACUUGAGGAACCAGCUGUACGAGUCGUACUACCUGAACUUCAUCUCGGCCAUCAGUCGAAGCAAACUGGAGGACAUCGCCGGGGCGGCGCUGGCCGCCAACGCCGUGGGCCAGAUCUCCAAGGUGUACGACCAGUACCUGAACUUCAUCACGCUGGAGGACGACAUGUUCAUCCUGUGCCAUCAAAACACGGAGCUCAUCUCCUACCACGCCAUCAACCGAGGUGACGUCCAGGACGCCGACGUGGAGGCCAUCAUGGACACCAUCGUGGACAGCCUCUUCUGCUUCUUCGUCACGCUGGGCGCCGUGCCCAUCAUCCGUUGUCCCCGUGGCAACGCGGCCGAGAUGGUCGCCGUGAAAUUGGACAAGAAGCUGCGCGAGAACCUGCGCGACGCCAGGAACAGCCUCUUCACAGGAGACAACAUGGCCGCCGGGCAGUUCAGCUUCCAAAGGCCUCUCUUCGUGCUGGUCGACCGCAACGUGGACAUGGCCACGCCCCUUCACCACACCUGGACCUAUCAGGCGCUCAUCCACGACGUGAUGGACUUUCACCUCAACAGGGUGAUGCUGGAGGAGGGCGCUGGCACCGAGACGUCCCCCGCCGGCGCCAGACCCAAGAAGAAGAGCAGGCGGACCUACGACCUGACGGCCGCUGACAAGUUCUGGCAGAGACACAAGGGCAGUCCCUUCCCGGAGGUGGCCGAGUCGGUUCAGGAGGAGCUGGACACGUACCGGGCGCAGGAGGACGAGGUCAAACGUCUCAAGAGCAUCAUGGGCCUGGAGGGCGAGGACGAGGGCGCCAUCAGCAUGUUGUCGGACAACACCGCCAAGCUCACCUCGGCCGUCAGUUCUCUGCCCGAACUGCUGGAGAAGAAACGUCUGAUCGACCUGCACACCAACGUGGCCACGGCCGUGCUGGACCACAUCAAGACCCGAAAACUGGAUGUUUAUUUUGAGUAUGAAGAAAAACUGAUGAGCAAGUCGACGUUGGACAAAUCGCUGCUGGACAUCAUCAGCGACCCGGACGCGGGGACUCCCGAAGACAAGAUGCGACUUUUCCUCAUCUUCUACGUCACAGCUCAGCAGCCUCCUUCGGAGUCGGACUUGGAGCAGUAUAAAACGGCUCUGCUGGACGCCGGCUGUGACCUGUCGCCCCUCAGCUACAUCAAACAGUGGAAGGCCUUCACCAAGAUGGCCGCCACACCCGCCAACUACGGCAACAGCGGAGUGAAGCCCAUGGGGCUGUUUUCGCGAGUGAUGAAUAGCGGUUCUCAGCUGGUGAUGGAGGGAGUCAAGAACUUGGUGCUCAAACAGCACAACCUUCCAGUCACUCGAAUUCUCGACAACCUGAUGGAGAUGAAGUCGCACGCUGAGACGGACGACUACCGCUACUUUGACCCCAAGAUGCUGCGCGGCAGCGAAAGUUCCGUUCCCAGGAACAAGAACCCGUUCCACGAGGCUGUGGUUUUCCUGGUGGGGGGAGGAAACUACAUCGAGUACCAGAACCUGGUGGACUACGCCAAGUCCAAAGCGGGCAAGAAGAUCGUUUACGGCUGCAGCGAACUCUUCAACGCGGCGCAAUUCCUCAAACAGCUUUCGCAGUUGGGCCAAAAGUGAGGAAGCGACGCUGACGAAAACGGGACCAUGUGAACUUGUUUCCUGUCAGCGAGAAUCAACUCGACCAAUAUGACCAGUUUCUUCCUCCACCCACCCCCCCCCCCCCACACACACACACACACACCCUCCAUCCACCGA